AUGCGGGCAAAUAAAAAAAGCCCUGUACCCAAGGCGACCACGCCCACCACCACUAAGCGGCCGCCAACAGCAACUGGUACGGCUAAGGCUGCCAAGACUCCAGAGAAUGAGAAACGCCCACCUGUUCCAAAGGCCACACCCACUCCCAGAGCAAACACCACUAAGAACGGAUCGACUCCUGCAAACAAACCUGCAGCUAACAAGAACGACAAGACUGAGAACAAGACGGGCGAAGCCAAGAAGCCCAAGUCUACAGCCCGCCCCCGUCCGGCCUCCACCGCCGCCCCCACUCCACCUGCUACUACUAACGGUGAAGCCGGCUCCACCCACCGCCGCCGGGUCAUCACCAAACCCCCCGUUCCCAAACAAACCCCAAUGGAGAAGAAGCCGGCGGUGCCCCGUGCCCCCCGAACCCCCCGGCCAAUCAACGCCCCCACACCGGACCUGAAGAACGUCCGCUCUAAGAUCGGCUCCAUCGACAAUAUCAAGUACCAGCCCGGCGGAGGGAAGGUCUCCUCCACCCCGAACAACAAGACAUCCGACCCCUCCACCCCUACCGCCAAGGCCAGAGUUCAGAUAGUGCACAAAAAGCUGGACUUCAGCCAUGUCACGUCUCGCUGUGGCUCCAAGGACAAUAUCAAACAUGUCCCUGGAGGUGGCAAUGUGCAGAUCCUGAAUAAGAAGGUCGACGUGAGUAAGGUUACCUCCAAAUGCGGCUCCAAGGACAACAUUAAACACAAGCCAGGUGGUGGAGAUGUGAAGAUCGAGUCCCAUAAGGUAAAUGUCAAGGCUAAGUCUAAGAUCGGAUCCAUGGACAAUAUGGCGCCUGGCAACGGACAGACCAACGGACACAAGGAGGAAAAGGCAGAGGAGAAGAUGCCCUCACCCCCAAGUGGCACAACAGGGCCAGCGGGUGUUGCUAAGGCAACAGCACCAGGAAGUGUUGCUAAGGAGAACGGGGUGAAGGAACCGACACCCAAUCCUUUUGGGGGAGACGGACUGAGGGAGCCCCUUAGCAUAGACAAACGCAUCACUGAGACAAAUUGAGUCCCAGUGACUUGUAGAUUGUGGUGGGACAUGCAUGGCGCUUGCCGACCUGCCAACCGACCGACCGACCAACCAACCUACCACGGCGCAGUCACCUCCCUCUGGCCCCGCCCCUCAUCUCGCCCACCGCAGCACCGAACAGACCGAUCGCCUCUCAGUGUUUCUCCGGGGUCCGCCUGCCAGCCCUUCGCUAAAACCAACCCCGACCUUUGACCCCCGCUCGGGUUGACCUUCAGCCCCGGUACCAUCGAGAAGAGCACCUGCUGUUUGUCUGUGUUUCUCAAAGGGCCUCAAACCUAAACAACCCCUCAUGCAAUAGAUUUAGUCGUCAGUGCAAUAUUAAGGGAUCACGUUUUUUCCUGAAUAAACCUAAAAUACUGGGUUUAAGGUCCUGUUACCGAUCAGAAGCGUUUACACACCAAACCUCCAUGUCCUGACUGUCAAAUCCGCUUUCUCUAAACAUAGUCCAGCCUCCUCGCCUGCUGCUAAUCACCUCAAAUUUACAGUGUGUACAGCGCUGCACGUUGUCUCAUAAAAGGUAAUUGUACAGCUCACUCAUCAAACAUUAUCUCCCACGGUAUCACUGUAGCGAUCCGUCUCCUCCGACUGUUACAGCACAGUGUGUUUCUUUAUCAUCUGACUACGGUAGCAGCGAUCAGCACAGGGAUGAACAUCUUUAUUUUAUUUCAUUUAUUUAUUUUUUUUAUUUAACCAGGAAAAA